AUUCUCCCUCCCCUACUCAUACUAGAUUGCUCCGCCCAUUGAUAGUAGCCAAAGGAUAUUCCAAGUUGUGCUCUUUAAAAGAAAAUGAUGGUGUCACCUUCUGGUUUCAAGACCUGUUGUUACGAUCCAUAUUCUGAAGGCAUUUACAAGUCAAAGAAAGAUUUUGCUGGGGCCAUGCACAAAGAACAAAACUAAGAUAGCUUGGCUAAUUUCAUUGGUACUUGCUACUCCGCAAGUGAGCAGAUAGCUAGAGAGGUGGAGGAUGUUGGCUUUUUGCACAUUUUCUAUUCUCAAGGAGAGUCCAUAUUCAAAGUUCAAUACUUUAUAAAUUGGGAAAUUAUUAUUAGUCAUGAUGGUAGCACUAAUAAUUAAUUCACAAAUCGCCUUUUACAGAUCUGUCUCAAGGUGAUUUGCAAACAUAUAAAAACCGCAAACAUAUGUUUAAAAACAAUACAAAGAACAACUGCAAAUAGGGUUUGAAAUGCAUAACAUAAGACAGAGACCUUUUCAUUUGGCUGGAAAAACUUGUCGAAAUGCAACUCCUCUGCCAAUUAUUGCAAUCAUUCAUUGCUUUUCAAUUGCUGCAUGGAAUGUGGCUGUGCAAGUAUCAUAAGCACUUAUGCACAGUGCCUGUGGCAUUGCUUGUGAAAAGCAAACACAGCCUUCUUCCUGUUCCCAUGCCACUUUUACUUAAUGGUUAAAAAUGUUCUUGCUGCUUGUAGGUCCUCCCUUGUGCUGUUUCGUAAUUAUGCAGCUCUCUGAUACUUGUGUUUUAAGGGUGCUUCCAGACUGGGUGUGUGUUGUAUGUUUGGUGUUCCUCAGUUUAUUUGCUUCUAAAGAAGGCUAACAGCAGCUUGGUUUUCCCCACAGCUAGGCUAUACCCCGUCCUGCAGAGAUUCAAAUCCCUGCUGAUAAGGAAAUGCAGUAUCACAUGAAGGCUGCAAUCCCAAUCCCACUUUCUUGAGAGGUAUUAUUUUCUUGGCUCUUAAAAUUUCAUGGAUAGAGGUUAAUAUUACCCGUGGCUUCUUCAGGACAGCGCACUACACGAUUCCUGGCCCAUCCUUAAGUCUGCUCUGCAGUGCACAAGAAGACAGAUGAACAUGUUCAGCUGCCACCUCCUUUUGUACUAUUGGACUACUGUACACCUUUCCAUCUUGCUAGCAGUCUUGACAGCUGCUGAAGAUGUCACGAACAGCACUUUAAACCACACUCAUAUGCUCUUAGGAUCCUUGCCUGUGGUCGUCUCCAGAGUUGAUCACAUUAUAGUCAAAGAAGGUUACAGUGCCUUGAUUGACUGCAACGUUCAAGGUAAUCCGGGGCCAGAGUACAAGUGGUACAACUCCAAUGGCCAUUUGCUGAAGGAAGAUGGGAAUACAGCAGGGAAAUGGAUUUUUGACAACGGGCAAUUGAACAUUACUAGUGUGUCAUUUGAGGAUCGAGGAAAAUACAUGUGUGUCGCUUCUAACAUCUAUGGCCAAGCGAAUAACACAGUGACUCUGAGGGUUGUCUUUACCUCUGGAGAUAUGGGGGUCUACUACAUGAUUGUAUGUCUUGUAGCAUUUACCAUUGUCUUGAUCUUAAACAUCACUCGGCUGUGCAUGAUGAGCAGCCACCUAAAGAAGACUGAGAAAGCGAUCAAUGAUUUCUUUCGGACGGAAGGGGCAGAAAAGCUGCAGAAGGCUUUUGAGAUUGCGAAACGCAUCCCAAUCAUCACAUCGGCAAAGACCCUUGAACUUGCCAAAGUCACGCAGUUCAAGACCAUGGAGUUUGCCCGCUACAUUGAAGAGCUGGCUAGGAGUGUCCCGCUGCCCCCUCUCAUCAUGAACUGCAAGACUAUCAUGGGAGAAAUCAUGGAGGUGGUGGGGCUAGAGGAGCAGGGCCCUAACUCUGUCAGGCAGUCAGCUGUAGGACAAGAGACUGCUGAGACGGAAGAGAUGUACAUGAUUCCCAACUCCCUAAAGCGUAGCAAUUCUUUCACCGCUGACUCAGAUGCUUCCUCUCUGCACGAACCACCACUGAAGAUUGCGAUAAAAGUGUCGGUCCACCCGUUGGCUAAAAAGGACUGGGUGGAUGACCAGUCACACGGCAGUAUACAAUUGGAAAUUAAAAAGGAGAAGGAAGAGGAGGAAAUUGUCGAAGCGCCAGAAGAACCUUCUGAGCCGGCCUCAGAGCCUUCCAGUGAACCAAACCCUCCUGAGACAACUCUGGGAAGCAACAUGGACACAUGCACUGUUUACGAAAGCCAUGUAUGACACAAUCUUCAAAUCUAUGCAUAGCAAGAAUAUUAGGUGGAGCCCUCUUUAAAAACAAAAACAAAAAGGAUAAUGUUUUUGCCAAUAAGCCUUACCUAAAGACUAUCAUAGCAAAAGCCUGCAUGUAUGGAUUACUGGGGCCUUUCUUCCUGAGGGUCGAACCAGACAUUACGGCUGAAUACACGCCAUACAUUUAAAGCGCAUCUCCCCCGCCCCC